AUGCAGAGCUGGGCAUGGGCCGUGGCUAUGGCCCUCUUCUGGACACAACUCAUGCUCCUUGGGGGUGUUGGGGCCCGGCGGGAGCCCAAGAGGCCACGGCAGCCCGGCCAGCGCACCGUGUCCCUCAAUGCCACCAUCCCCAACAGCCAGGAGCUACUCAGCUCCCCCAAGCCACCUGAGGCCUCAGGGCCUGAGUUCUCAGAUGCCCACAUGACAUGGCUGAACUUCGUGCGGAGGCCAGAUGACGGGGCGGUGAAGAAACGGUGCCGCUCCAGGGAUAAAAAGCUGCGAGGCCUCUCAGGCCCCCCAGGGCCUCCUGGCCCCCCUGGUCCCCCAGGGCCUCCCGGUGCUGAAAUCACCCAGGAGGCCCUUCUUCAGGAGUUUCGGGAGAUGCUGAAAGAGGCCACUGAGCUCCGGUUCUUGGGGCUGCUGGGCCCACUGCUGCCUGAGGGAGCAGGUGGGCGGCUGGUUGCCGAGGCCUUCCACUGCCAGCUGAAGGGCCCCGUGCUGGUGGACAAAAAGACAUUGAUGGAGCUGCAAGGCUUCCAGGCUCCCACGGCCCAGGGUUCCUUCCUUCGGGGCUCAGGCCUGAGCCUGGCUUCAGGGCGUUUCACAGCCCCAGUGUCUGCCAUCUUCCAGUUCUCCGCCAUCCUGCACGUGGACCUCAGUGAGCUGAAGGGCAGGCCCCAGCUUCGGGCAAGGGAUACAGUCCGUGUGCUCAUCUGCAUUGAGUCCCUGUGCCACCGCCACACAUCCCUGGAGGCAGUCUCAGGCCUGGAGAGCAACAGCAGGGUCCUCACAGUGCAUGUGCAAGGGCUGCUGCAGCUGCAGGCUGGGCAAUCGGCCUCCAUCUUCGUGGACAAUGGCUCCGGGGCUGCCCUCACCAUCCAGAGCAGCUCCAGCUUCUCAGGCCUGCUCCUGGGCAUGUGA